GCUGGCUUACUUCAAAACCCAGCGAAAGCUGUGGAAGAAAGAAGAAGUCAAAGCCGCCAGAAGCGCAGAAGCGAAAAGCCAAGCCCAAAAGAAGCUUUCACGAUUAUAAUUAUUUCAUUGGCAACCAAGGAAAAGAAAACAACGAUGAGUACCAUCUGUUUUGGAGGAAUAUGCGUCCCAUACACGGCCGUGAUGCCUCUGCUGUUCCUUGGCCUUCGAUGGCUGCUUCAAAAGGCGAUUGAAUUGGGAUUGAUACCAAAAUCCGUCCAAGAAAAGCUGUUUCCAUCGUCUACCAAAUACGCUCCCACCGAAACCAGCAGGGAGGUAUCUGGAGGAUCUGGCGGUGUGACGGUGGUGGAAUCGGAAGAAGCCUUUCGAGAAAUUUUGAAAAAUCCCUAUGUGGUUUGCAAAUUCACGGCGGCUUGGUGCAAACCAUGUCAAAAAGUCCAUCCCGAAUAUGUCCAGUUGUCAAAACAAUUCACGUCAGCAUCCUUUAUCACGGUGGACGUGGACGAUCUAGACGAGAUUGCUUCGGAAUACAAGGUGGCCAUGAUGCCGACGUUUUUGGUCUUUCGGAAUGGGAGAGUGAAGGAGACGAAAACUGGAAUUGAUUUGUUGGAAGAUUUUGUCAGCAAGGCAUUGAAAGACUAGCUAGCUAUUCAUUCACACUGAAAGAAGCAAGGAGCCACUUCCGCGGCAAACAAUGCACCAACAAAGAUGGAUGGCAAAUCACAAAGAUCUACAGUUGUACAGGCUCAGAGCAGGAUAAACUGCAGUUGUAAGUGAUCAUGACAUGACACGACAAGCUACGUGGGAUCUGGAAGGUAGACCGAGCUAGCCAAGUUAAGCUCUGUAGAAGUAAUCCUAGCAAAGCGAUUUGUUCAUCCUGCUCUGUGCUGUGUCAGAUGUGCUAGCAUGCAUCAUUUCCAUUUGAUAUUGAGC